UACAGAAAAUGACCAGAGUACCAGACCUGAAGUUUUAAUGGAUCCUGCCACGAAGCAGACAGGUUCUGGCACACCUGUUGAUCAUUGUCUGUCUGACAUAAGAGAGCGCAGCAGUACUCCUAAGCUUAGAAGUGAGGUCAACAAGCGUGAAACAGCCCUUGAGAUUCAGAAUCUAAAUUUGGACACCAAUAAAGAAUGUUGUUUCACCUUUAAUUUCAAAGAAAGAUCCAGGAAAUCAGACCGUAGGGAGUUUACAGUAUAUGGUGAACCAGAUGAGAAUAUCUACUCAGCUCUGAGAGCUAAUGAAAAUUUCAGUGAAAGGAGGGAGAAACAUUUUAAUAAGAACAUUAUUGUUUAUGAAGAAAAAACAAUACGAGGAUAUGUAAAUUUAGGAAUGCCUCUCAAAUGCCUGCCUAGAGGUUCUCAUUUUGAAAUAACAUUUGGUCAAAGAAAGAGUAGCCAGGAAGGAGAUGAUCAGAUGUUGCGCCAGUGUGAAAAUCCAAACACUGAAUGCAUUCUUUUUCAUGUCAUUGCUGUUGGGAAGAGGAUAAAGACUAUUCUUCAGAUCAGGGAACUUCAUGAACAAGGAAGCACGCUUUGCGUCUACGCCUUGAAAGGGGAGACUAUCAAAGAAGCCCUGUGCAAGGAUGGCCGAUUUCGGUCUGACCUAGACGAAUUUAAAUGGGAACUAAUGGAAGGUCAUAAGAAAAUUUAUGGAAAACAGUCCAGGGUGGAUGAAGUAUCUGGAAAAGUCUUAGAAAUGAGCAUUUUAAAAAAAGAUGUUGACAGGAAAGGUAUCAAUAAGAAAAUUAAACAGAAGAGUGAAAGAGCCACUGAUGAAGUCAGUCCCUGUGGCCUGAUACAGUCUAAGAACAAGGUCGAUGAAUCACAGAGAGAUGGAGAGUGUGAAGAUGGAGAACACAACAGAGAAAAAUUUCUCCCACGUCAAAGUCUGGGGAGUGACAUUAAAGUUAAAACUUACCGGACAAUGUCCAGGCUUAGAAAUUAUUACAAUAGUAGUUAUGGAAGAAAAUAUAGGAGAAUAAACUCUCAAGCUAGACAGAGGAUCCAUCUGGGUAGGGAAUAUACUAUUAAUGCAGAUGUCAUGAAGGAGGUAGCUAGUCUCUUAGAGAAUAUAAGACAGUUGGACAAAGCCAUGAUGCAUCAAUAUCCGAAUUUUAAUGAAGAGACACGUUGGAUGCGAGAGUAUUUUCAGGAAGAACAGAAGAGAAAAAAAGUGUCAACAUGUAAACAAUUCAACAUGUAUAAAAAGUACUUUGGAAAAGUCACUGGAAAUUCUUUAUCAGUUGCAACCUGUGAACAACUUACUCACCUGAGUAAGUCAGUGGGGUUUAUGAAAUGGGACAAUAAUGGAAAUACAGGCAAUGCUACUUGUUUUGUCUUCCGUGAUGGUUAUAUUUUCACCUGUCGACAUGUUGUACAUCUUAUGGUAGGUGAAGGCACAGAUCCACUUUUGUGGCCAAAUAUAAUUAGUGAAUGUGCAAAGGUAACCUUCAAUUAUAAAGAGUUCAUCCCUACUGAUGACAAUUGGUUUUGCAUAGAGCCAUGGUUGGAAGUAUCUAAUGAAACUCUAGAUUAUGCCAUUUUAAAACUAAAAGAAAAUGGAAAUGCAUUUCCUCCAGGCUUAUUUGGACAAAUUUGCUCUCAACCACCUAGGGGUUUGAUUUAUAUAAUUGGUCACCCAGAAGGCCAGAUCAAGAAAAUAGAUGGUUGUGCUGUGAUUCCUCUACAUCAGCGGUUAGGAAGGUAUCCAGAGCAAAGUCAAGCUGAGUUGGUCGAACUCCACGCUGCCACUUAUAAUGUUGUCCCUAUGUUUACCCAAAGAAGUUUUCUAUCAGAAGUUUGGAGUACACGCACACUUAGUUACGACACUUGUUUCUCUAGUGGGUCCUCUGGCUCCCCGGUGUUUAAUGCAUCUGGCAAAUUGGUUGCUAUGCAUACCCUGGGGCAUUUUUAUCGACGUGGAGUUGAAGUUUAUGCCGUUAUUGAAUUUGGCUAUUAUAUGGAUUCUAUUCUUUGUGAUAUUAAAGAGAAAAAUGAGAGCUUGUAUAAAUUACUAAAUGAAGAAAAAAAUGAGAACCACAACGAAGAGAAAAAUAACAAACAAGAGCCAUCACUUCAAGAUCAAACUGAACCCAUGGAAUAUUAG